CUUGACUUUGAGGUCGACCGCGACGAUGAGGCCUACCGCUGCUCGGUUGCUGAAUAUUCUCGUUCCUGUGAAGCGAUGUGUGGACUAUGCGGUCAAAAUCCGUGUAAACCCACAGCAGACGGGCAUUGACCUUAAUGUCAAACACUCCAUGAACCCGUUUGACGAGAUUGCUGUCGAAGAAGCCGUCCGCCUACGCGAACGUCUCAAAGACCACAUCAAAUCCAUAAAAGUAGUAACCAUCGGUCCCCCCAAAUCCUCCGAAACCCUGCGCACCGCCCUCGCCAUGGGCGCCGACUCCGGUCUACACAUCGAGCUUCCCGACUCCGCUCCUGCGCCCGAACCGCUCGGAAUCGCACGGACGUUAAAGGCGGUGUUGGAUAGGGAGAAGGAGCAGGGGAGGAAGGUGGAUAUGGUUAUUAUGGGAAAACAGGCGAUUGAUGAUGAUUUGGGACAGACGGGGCAGAUGUUGGCGGCGCUGUGGGGGGAUGGGGACGGGGUGGCGCAGGCGACGUAUGCGAGUAAGGUGGAGGUGGAUGUGGAGGAGGGGGUGGCGAGGGUUACGACGGAGAUUGAUGGGGGGGCGGAGAAGUUGAGGUGUCGGUUGCCGGUGGUUGUUACUACGGAUUUGCGGUUAAAUGAGCCCCGCUACGCUUCCCUGCCUAACAUCAUGAAGGCCAAGAAGAAACCAAUCGAGAAACUCACACCGUCGGACCUCGGUGUCGAUCUGACACCCAUGUUGGAGACGCUCAAGGUCUCCGAACCACCGAAACGUGUUGGUGGCGGCAAGGUGGCGAACGUGGAUGAGCUGGUAGCCAAACUCAAGGAGGCUGGAAUUACGGCUGUAGCAUGACCUUGCGGCUUUUGGGUACUCCCUCUUUGAAGUAAACGGCGCUAAAUGGACCGUUGGACACGAAGCACACCUUCAUGUCCAGCAUGUCCUUUGUACUGGUCUGCUCUACUUGCAUCGUGGCAGUCGUCCAUAUCAAUGUAAGAUGAAGUAGCAUGCAACUCUGUGUGAUGCGAAA